AUGGACAAGGAGAAGAGGAGGAGGAGGAGCUGGUUCGAGCGCAUCAGGCGGCUCUUCACCUCCUCUGACCCCAAGCCCACGCCCAAGCCAGCAGACAAGAAGGCGAAGAGCAAGCGGUGGCUACCGGGUAAGCUGCGGGCGCAGCAGUCGUUCGCGCUCCCGCCGCCGGCGCCCGCGGGCGCGGACCAGAUCAGGCAGGCGGAGGACGAGCAGAGCAAGCACGCCGUGGCCGUCGCCCUCGCCACCGCGGCGGCCGCCGAGGCCGCUGUCGCCGCCGCGCACGCCGCCGCCCACGUGGUCCGCCUCACCGGCCAGCCACCACCGGUGGCGCCCUUGCCCCGGCAGGUGCAGGAGCAGGAGCACGCCGCCGUCGCCAUCCAGUCGGCUUACCGCGGAUACCUGGCUCGGCGGGCGCUGCGGGCGCUCAAGGGCCUGGUGCGGCUGCAGGCGCUGAUCCGCGGGCAGGCGGUGCGGCGGCAGACGGCGGCCACGCUGCGCGGCCUCGAGUCCCUCAUGAGGAUCCAGGCCCGGCUCCGGUCCAGGGCCGGCGGCGUCGACCAGCACCAGGCGGCGGACGACGACGCCCAGCUGCUGCGGCGCGGCAGGGAGCUCUUUGCCGCCGCCGCCGCCGUCCACGAGCAGGAGCAGCAGCAGGCGAGCAACAAGGGGUGGGACAGCAGCAUCUUCUCCAAGGAAGAGAUGAGCGCCAUGACGAGGAGCAAGGAGGAGGCCGCGCUCAAGCGCGUGCGCGCGCUGCAGUACGCCUCCCUGCACAACGAGAAGCUGGGCCUCGGCCUCCGGCGGCCGCCCUCCGUUAUGUCCACGGACGAGUCCCCCUACACCAGCACCACCACCAGGGGGGAAGGCGCCGGCGCCGCCAACAAGGGCGACGACGUCGUCGACCGGCUCGGCUGCUCGGCCCGCCGGUCCUUCACCCGGCCGCGGCGCACGCCGGGGAGGGGGGACUGCUACUACGACGACGCGGCGGCGGCGGCGUGCUCGCCGGCGCCGGCGCCGUUCCCGGGGUACAUGGCCUCCACCGCGUCCGCCAAGGCCAAGUUCAGGUCCAUGAGCACGCCCAAGGAGCGCUCCGCCGCCGCCUACUCCGACGCAUACUCCGAGCACUGCUUCCCGUUCGCCGACCGACUGCUCUCGCCGAUCCCGUCCAUGUCGCCCAUCCCCUCCGUCGCCAGCGACAUGGGCUUCGCCAGGUCCACAAGGCCGCCCGUCGCGCAGCGGUCGCCGCGGGUGGCGGCCAAGAGCCCCAUGACGCCCGUGAGGUCUCGCUCGCGGAGGUCGCCUGGCCACCACAGCUUCGGCUCCGAGGCAGCGCUGCACCAGCUGCAGAUGGAGCACUACACCCCAGUCCGCUGA